UUGGUCCCGUCGCGCCCGACGGCGAACGAUUUCUUGAUUUGAGACCACCAUGUGGGCAUGUAUAGAGACCUCACUACAUUGCCUUCUCGCAAAAAGCUCCAACCCACCGGCGCACCCGUUCAAAGCACUGUCAUUUUCAGAAAACACAAUGGCGUCUGUCCUGCGGUCACUACGAUCAGGAAGCUCUUCAGCAGCUUCCUUCGCCAGAUCGAAUCGAUCAAAUCCUCAAGCCCUCCGAUCUUCUCGCCGACAGUAUAGCUCGCCCAAGCAGUCCCAAUCCAAAUUGGAGGAGCCCGUUCUUCCACCUCUUAGCGAGAUGAUGAGCCGAAAGUCGAUCAUGGCUGCUUGGUCUGGUAAGUCUCGUCUCGCUCUGUAUCGACACGACGGAGCUCGGCUAACGGCCCCGUCACGAUAGCUCUAUCCCCCAGCAGAAAGCUGUUCUUUAUAUCACUGGUACUUGUAGGAGGAGCAGGAGAAUUUCAGUUGAUGAAGAAGUUUGUGCUGGAGCCCGCGAAAGAGCGCAAGAGGCUGAAGGAAGAAGAAGAGAUGUUGAAGGCGAAGCUGGAUGUUGCCGGUGGUGAGGACAAGGCUGUUCUAUUGGGGAGCUCAUAGAAAAUGCAAUCAACGUCGUUCUUAUAAGAGUAUUGCAUUGAGGUCGAUAUGCUUCUCUGCUGCAUCCAUAAUUGGUUGCCUUUGAGAGAUCGCUGCCAGCUAAUGCGGACGCGAACACCUGAUAUAUAACUU